AUGGGUACGGUACUGAGCUUUAGCCCACGGGAGCGUCGACCCAUCUACUCGACGCACCAUCACAGUGCCGGCACACUGUCGUCCUCGAACUCGGCCGACUUUCCGCUCAACAACUACUCCUACGAGCAGCUGAACAAUGCGAAGAAUCGCGAAAGCGCGCAAACGAAACCGCCGAACCUGAUACAAACGGUGCCUAACAACAACAACAACAACAGCCACGGGCUGAACAUGAGCAAGGAUGACUGCAAGAACAACAACAGCAGCAGCGCGAACCUGCUCGGCUCCCAUGGCAACAACAAUGCCGGAUCGGGAAACAACAACCAUAGCAACAACAACAACAACAACAACACCAGCAACAACCUGCUGCUGUUGCAGCAAACGCACCAAAACAACAUCAUCACCGGCAGUGCGAACAUUAACAACAUCAACAACAACAUCAGCGGUGGCAAUAACAACAACGGCAAUAGUAUACAGGAGCGCAACAACAACAACAACAACAACAACGCGGACAGUGCCCGCAUCCUGUCGGAGAAGAAUGCGCUCGAGAAGAACUUGAAGAAGCACUCCCUCUUCAUAAAUGCGCUCUCGUGGAAGCGACUGGCGGCGUCCCACGGCAAGAAGAAGCUGGACAACAACAAGAACAAAUCGGCCAACCUGGCCACGGCCACCAGCUUCCGGACGCCGCUAACCGACACGAUUCACCCGCUGCUGGAUAAGAACAAGAACCUGCAGCAGUCCCAGUCGUUCACGCAAACGAUCAGCAGCCAGCAGCUGCAGCAGCAGCAACAGCAACCGGCCACGAUCGUGCUGAGCCAGUCCGGCUCGGGUGUGGGCGGCCAGCAGAGCUCCGGCGGGGGUUCGCAGUCCGUGGUGGGGUUGGGAGCAUCGGGGGCCACCGUUGGGCUGGCUAGUCAGCAGUCGCAGCCACAGCAACAGCACCACCUGCACCAGCAACAUGGCCAGUUGGUGGUGGCCCAGCAGCACCACCAGCAGCAGCAACAGGCGGUCUAUUUUACGCCGCGUGGUCCGAAAGCGUUGCUGGCGCUGGAUCUCGUGCGCGCCAACAACACGAACCCACUGUCGCAACCGGACAAGCUGGCCCAGAAGCUUCCGCUGCAGCUGCCCAUGCCGCUGCAGCCGAUCGUGAACCAGCAACAUAACAUCCCGAUGGCCCAACAGCUGCACCAUGCACACGGGCCUAGGAAAACUGUUAUACAGGCGUCCACGUCAGAGCUGCUGAAAUGUUUAGGAAUGUUCCUGCACGAUCGAUGCCGUAAGCUACGCGACUUCCAAGCCGGCGACGCUGUAAUGUGGCUAAGGGCCGUCGACAGAAGUUUACUGCUUCAAGGAUGGCAGGAUGUUGCCUUCAUCAACCCGGCAAACGUGGUGUUCGUCUACAUGCUCGUCCGCGAGCUCGUCGAUGGGGAGGAAACGAAGGAAGCGGAGCUCCAAGCGGCCGUCCUAACCUGUCUGUACCUUUCCUACUCGUACAUGGGAAAUGAAAUAAGCUACCCGCUGAAGCCGUUCCUAGUGGAGGACUCGAAGGAUAAAUUUUGGGACAGAUGUUUGCUAAUCGUAAACCGGCUAUCAUCGAACAUGCUGCGCAUCAAUGCCGAACCGGGCUUCUUCACCGAGAUCUUUACCGAGCUGAAGGCGUGCGGCAUGAACUCGAAUGCGAACGCCGGCGGCAAUCUGCCGUGCGGUGCGGCUUGACGCUCCCGCCAUCCACGUGAGGUUGUGGUCCGGUUGUCGAUUGCUGGCCAACAGCAGAAGUACCAGCAUGCCACUAGCACCCUGCAGGAGCUGACCAGCGUCGUCUGAUGAACUGGGGACCUUCGAGUAACGAGCUCAGCUAUGUAAGGUGGCCGCUAGUCAUCCUGCGUUUUGUUCACUUGUUCACCCGUAAGCAAUGUCCCCGUAGUCAGAGAUGUAGACGAUCCAGCUACUCAUCAUCAAUCCAUCAUGACCAUCCAACACAUUACGAGAGAUCAGAAAAAGAAAAACGAAAGUGUAAAAGUGCAACACACACAAAAAAAAGUGAUGUAUAAUUUGGUGGGAAUGUGAAUUCCUUAAUUUUAUCAUACUCAUUGCGCUAGUGGGGCCCAGUGUCUUGGCGGUUGCGCUGGAUAGCAAUCGUGCGAAAACAUUGGCGACCCACAAGUUGAUCGAAGGGACUGUGAGGUGAGGCAAAACAUAAAACUUCAGUUUAUGCGAUAAAAUCGUCUCGGUCAACAUAAGAUCCUAUUGCGGUGCAUGAACUAAGAAGGAGCAUAGAAUUUUUAAAUUAAAAUCAAUUACUUGUCUGUCCAACACAAACAGAGACAAAGACAGCUCUCACAUCCGUUAAGAUGAUGAUGUAUCUCAAACAAUACCAAACGAGCCUGCUAUGAACUAGUCUGUCCGCGUGGACAUCCGUCUGUUAAUAACAACGCCGCUAAAUUGUCUCAUUUGUAAAGCUCCUCGCCAGUUGUAUCCUGUUGAGCGUUGAUAUUUUCUAGAUGACGUAUAAAAGUGUGCAAACGAAGAGUAAUACAAAGAAAUACCCUACAACCUAUAACAACACUAACGUAUGGUAGUCAAAAGGGUAGUCACACAACAGUUUGGUCGUUAGUGUUGGAAAUUGUGAGUUGCACACCAGCAAAAAGAAAAAAAACAGAGAAACAACAUACGUACCAGCUCAAGGGGAAGAACAGUAUGUAACUAUGAAGCGAAGCAACACCGAAACAUGCAAUGUGAUUUAAAUCUUUAUCUAUUCGAACGAACGAAAGAAUCUUCAAGCGAAGAUGCAUCCUGGUGUGACAAAACAAUCUAAUUAGACAACAAAAUUAGACGAAACGUACACAAGACUUAGAGUGGAUGCUUCUUGAGAAGUGAGACACACAACGAGAUUAAACAUCUCUCUCACUUUUGCUCUGUGUUUUUGGUUUUUUGGCAAAGGGUAUAAAACUUAAAACAAAAUGAAUCAAACAUUCCCUUCCGCCAUUACUAACGGAAAGAUACCAAAUGUACCGUACAGUAACGGAACAGAAAUACGAAAAAACAUUACGGAAAACACUGCCCUACUCCUCCGAUGAAAUGGGAAAGUAUCAGCUAGACGUGAGCAAAAAGAAAACAAACACACACUUUGAAAUGUUGUACAAAAUGAAGUCUCAGUAGAACGAAGCGUGUGACACACAGCAAAAGAAAACAUUGGCAACAAAGCAACAAACGAAACAAACAAACCAUUCCACAGGAUAAACGAUCGGAAGAUAAGGAAAGGUCCGGCCCGGUAACUCACGAUCUAAACGAUGAUAAAGGAGCCGGAGCACACAGCGAAACGGGUGAUAGUUGUGGGUCGCCCUUGUUUUGCAACUUGAACGUAGAAAGUAAAAACCCAAACCAAAAAAAACAGGGAAAUUAUUUCCCCAGAACUUCACAAGGAAUGCGAAUGGUUCGGAUGUGAGGACAUCAAUAUCCCAAAGGAUCGGCCGGAUAAUAAAGAAAGGAAUGCACGCUAGGGGUCCCUUUUUUCGGGGUUAUCCUUUCGUCAACGGAUGCCCUGAUGGAUCCCGGAAUACGGUGACCCUUCAUCUGCUAUCCAACCUUCUAUACCUGUUUCCCCGUUCGCCACCUUUCCAAAAAAAGAACCCCCCUUCAAUUUUCUCGGUUCCACCUUUGUAUAGUGUGUAAGUGAAUGUUAAUGUUUUACAAACUGUAGUGGUUAGGUUAAUGCCGGGGACAGUGACAACAAGUGUAGUGUGAUAGUGUGGUGGAGCAAACCAUUUUUCCCCCGUGCGCAUUUGCUCGUGGGAAAGGUUACUAAUCUCCCCGUGUCGAAAAUGUGAAAAGAAAUGUCUCUAGUCAAACGAUUCCAAACAAACGAGAAGCAAAGGCCCCCUUUAUUUUUGGUUUUUAUUGUAACUUUUAUAAUAAGACCUUUGUUCAAGACAUUCCCACUAGUAUUAAUUUUGACAUAUCAGGAAUGUGUUUAAUGGUGUUAUUUUUUAUUUAAAUAUCUACUUCAACAAUGCUCUGAAAAAUUAAGCUCGCUAGAAUUAUCAUGGUUGAUAGUAGCAACAUAUUAUUGUUUUAUUAUUUAUUUACUUAUAACAUUUGUCGAAUUCUGAACCACCGUGAUAUUAUUAUUAUCAAUUGCAUUUGAAUUGCAGCAAUAUAAUC